UGCCGCUUACGCAUGCUGGGCGGCAAGCGUGUACAGAGGCUGCCAUCUCAUUGGUGUCGCAUUUAAUCAUGUGUUUCUAAAGCUAGUCCGGGGUGUAAUUAUCUCUCUAAUUAAUUAAUGACGCCCCGUCGAUGGAACUGUUAACAAAAAAUAAAAAAACAAACAAGCAAGCAAAAACCAUCAUAAGGGGACAAUUCAUAAUGCUAUAAUUACUUAUUAUAAUUACUAAUCCUGUAGGGUUGAUGGCAGAAUUGGAGCAGAGUAUAACAUUUAUUAAUAAUUUAGGAUGGAAAAUUCUGGAAGAGAAAUUGCAGAAUACAAGGUGUGGAUUUAACAGUUUAAUCUGCCAUAGGUAAUGUGUAUGCGUGUGUUUGUGCAUGUCUGUGUAUGCGUGUGUUUGUGCAUGUCUGUGUAUGUGUGUAUGUUUUCUCUGCUGACUCCUCUGUGUGUCUCCCCACUCGUAAAUCCUACCUUUGAUAUAGACUUCCCUGCUUUUUCUUGAUGUCGUGAGGCUGUGAAUAUCGCCACAAUGGCCCUUGCAUCUUCUGUGCCCAUGUGGACAUGUGAAGGUCACCAGACGAGAUGUUAUCUUCCAUGCAUGCCCAGUGGUUUAUAUUACCUGCUGGUUCUGGUAGGGUGCUGUGGGUAGCGUUUUUUUUUUUUUUUCUUCACAUGACAAAAGCUGCCCCCCACCUUUUGCUCAUUUGUGUUUACACCAGUGAUCUCCCUUGUUUUCCUGGUGUGAACAAAUCUUGUCCGUUCCCAAAGGGGCGAGCAAAACUAUAAAUUUUGGGAUGUUGGCCGACGUCCGGAAUUACGGCUCUCCCGCUCCAGUGGAAGGAGAUGCUCUGAUGUAAGAUCUAGGCAUUUUUUUUAUGAGCUACCAAGUCUUUGUUGUCUGUCCAGGUGUAAAUUCACCUUAUUGCAGUUUCCCCGUAUGCAUCCGUGGUACCUACACCUCGCUGACUAAUCGUGAUUGUGUUUGACGUGGCAGGAGCCAGGAUUGGGGCCAUGGACCUGUGUCUGACCAUCAAGGGGGUAUCCUUUCUCCUCCAGGCAGGGCUGGGCAUCUUGGGUAACCUCGUCGUGCUGUUGGCAUACAUCCACGUUGCGCUUGCCAAAGGCAGCCUUCAGCCGGUAGACCUGAUUAUGGGCCACCUGGCCUUUGCCAACUUGAUGCUCCUGCUUACUCGCUGCGUCCCCCAGACCAUGACGGUCUUCGGGCUGCACAACCUGCUGGACGACCCCGGCUGCAAGGUGGUGAUUUACAUCUACCGCAUCACGCGCGCCCUCUCCGUGUGCGUCACCUGCAUGCUGAGCGCCUUCCAGGCCGCCACCAUCGCCCCCGCCAGCCCACGCUGGUCCGCCCUCAAGACCCGGCUGCCCCGGCUCAUCCUGCCUGCCUCGGCGGGGCUGUGGCUCCUUAACAUGAUCGUGUGCAUGGCGGCGCCAUUGUUCUCCAUCGCCCCGCGCAACGGAACCGUGCCGCCCUUCACGCUCAACCUGGGCUUCUGCCACGUCAACUUCCGUGACAACCUGUCGUACGUGGUCAACGGUGUGGCCAUCUCCGUCCGUGACUUCCUCUUCGUGGGCCUCAUGCUCUGGUCCAGCGGCUACAUCCUUCUCCUCCUACACCGCCACAGUCGGCAGGUGCGGAGCAUCCGUAGCUCCAGCCGGCGCACCCAGGGAGACACGGCGGAAACACGGGCGGCCAAGACCGUGGUGUCCCUGGUCACGCUCUACGCCAUUUUCUUCGGCAUCGACAACGUGAUCUGGCUCUACAUGCUGAGUGUGCCGCAGGUGCCCAUUGUCAUCGCCGACAUGAGGGUCUUCUUCUCCUCCUGCUACGCCUCCUUCAGCCCCCUCCUCAUCAUCAACUCCACCAAGAAGAUCAAAGCCAAGCUGGUAUGCACCGCGGCCGAAGAGGAUCAGUCGUCAGAGGCCUCUAGCAAGAAGAACACAACUUGACUGCUACACAGAACUACUCUUAGGUGGAGACCUUUUCUCAACCCUUCUAACGUACGUAAAACUCAUUACCCAAUUAGGAAAUGGAUUCUGGGAGCGCUUCUGCUUUCACAACCCAGCGAAAUAUGUUCAAUCCAUCCAUCUUCCAAUU